AGGAGUUGCACAGCGCUCUCAUCUCUAAUUGUACACCCAGCAGCAGAGAGCCGUGGAGUGUGGAGCACAGGCUGAGGAACAGGAGGUUGAUUACAAAUCCAAGAGAGGCUUGAGAGUGGCUCUCGGCCGCAAAUGCAAGGUGAACAAGUUCAGAUCUGACGUAGAGAGAGAGCAAAAAAAAAAAAAAAGAUGUAGAGGAGGAGAAUCUGUCUGAGAAAGGUUAACAGGACUGACUGAAGAAGAGUGGGAGUGUUAAAAUGUAAAAGUGAGUGGGAGGAAAAGAGAGUGAGGAGAGGAGAGAGGAGAAGGAGUAUGUGUCUGUGUGUGUGUGUGUGUGUGUGUGAUAGGCAGUGUGCUGAGCCUGGCUGCUCUGCUUUUUCACCUGCAGCCUGAGAGGAUGAAACAAGCCACUCAGGUGUGUGUGUGCGUGUGUGUGCGGCAUCUGGCUUCAUGCUGAUGGAUACACUGACUAAAGAUGGAUGUGAACAGAGGAGCCGAUGUAUGACAGGAGGACUGUGAUGACCUUGGACCUGCUACGGUUGCCAAGAGACUAAGGGAGUCUGUGACACAUGAUCUCAAAACCAGCUCAACUUCUGUGGGAGAUCAUGCGGUGCAAGCGUGAAUGACCGUCAGUGUGAGGCAAUGAGCUUCACGGCAAACCCAGCUCUCGUCCUUGACAGGGACAACCUCCCAUUUAAAAAGAGAGACCAACGAGGGAGCUCACCAAGGCAGAACCAGCAUCAGCACCAGUACCAGAAGCAGCAGCAGCAGCUGUGUGAUGCUGCAAAUUUCAAGGCUCCAUUCCCCUACAAGAGCCAUGGCGAUUUCAGGCCCAAACACACAGGUUUGUUCCGGCCUGUACCAAGACGGGUCCCUGCACUGUACCAGCCCUGGAUGCAGACACAAACGCCCUCCAGACCCAAACAGCACAUCGCCUCGGCUUUCAGGGAGCAUCCUGGUUGGACAGAGUGGAGAGAAUUCGAUGCCCUGCCACCAGGAUGGGACUUUCCUCACCCCUACCAACGUCUAACCCACUUAUCUGAGACGCUCCACUCAGGCCACAACCCCUCCAGAUUCAGCGCAGGCUACUCGGUCCCAGGCGCUUUCCACAGAGGGAGCGGAAGUUUGGAGAGGCCUAUGAUGCUAAAAGAAAAGAGUUUGAAUCCAGACAGGCAUGUUUUUAGCAUGCAUAACGGUCCAUAUGCGAGAAGAGGAGACAGGGCUGAGAAUGGACACACAUACCUACCUCAUACAGCACAGCAUUUACCCAAAUCAAUAAAAGCUGUCUCUGUGUCUGGACAUUCCCUCAUCAAAGCUUCCCCUGAUAACCUGAGCAGCUCUUCAAGAUGCCCUUCACUCCUUUCCUCUGAAAAAGUUUCUCCUUCUACUCCUCCUAACUCCUUCCCCUGGUUGCUUCCCCACUUUGUGGCAGGCUCUCUGAUCGAGCUCGGAGAUGGGCGGCUCAGGCGGGUAGAGCACCUGCAGACAGAGGACUUUCUGCUGGGCACACUGGCCUGUCCAGACCUGCGCCUGAGCUGCUGCACAGUGCAGAACAUCUCACCCUCCUCCUCCUCCUCCUCCUCCGCUGUCUCCCGCCUCCUCAUCCUGCUCCACGAUCAGCAGUUGCAGGAGUUGGUGGACGUCUAUGCGGAGUACCCAUUCUUCGUUCGUGGACAGGGCUGGUCCUCCUGCAGCCCUCAGAGGACAGCUCGUCUCUGUGGUCUGCAGUGCCGUCAGCUUACAGUGGGAGACAUUUGCUUGGCCCUAACGCCAUUCUCAGCUCCACAAUGUCCACUUUUGGUCUCCCGGGAACUUAAAACCUGGCCCAAGAAGUCACAGGGAGAACAUGAGGCCCAGAAGAACACCCAGGGACAGACACUGGGGUCAGGGGAAGUCCGCAGGAGGCACUACUCGGCCCCCUAAGCUGAGAAGUCUUCGCACAGCCCCUGUAGUUUAAAACUGUGCUGUAAUCACCUUAUGAAUGCUGUUAUUCUACCUCUUGAAUCAUGCUCUAUGUGCUACACUGUUGUCUUGAUUUGUACUUUUAAAACAUUAAGAGAAAAGCUCCAAGCUUCCUCCUCAGGGUCACUGAUGGUAAAACCGUUUAGUGAGAGAGUAGAGAACCAAAGUGUAAACUCGUGUUGCAAAAGGGAGCUGCUCAGUUGAUAUUCAAAGGAAAUAUUUUAGCUUUAGCGAUUUACAUUUGCAUUGUAGCUUGAAAACGCUCUUGUGGCUUCUAGCAGUUGUGAUUGUAUCGGUUUAUGUUUCUUAAAAAGCACAUUAAAAUCCUGCCUCAGGUCUUCUCACUGCAUUUAAACAUUAGUGCUCUUUUGCUGUAUACAAGGUUUUCAUGAUGGAAGAUGAAUCUUUUAGUGAGAGGGGGUUCUAAGGUGAGUUUCUCUUCUACCUCAAGCAUUUGUGAUGUUAACAGUUUUACAAUCUACAUUCCAAAACAGAAAUUUGAAUUUAGCAAAAAGUUCAGCAAACAACAGCUAACCAGGCCUUAGCUUGUCAGGCAAAAUACCUUGCAGCAGAUUGUGUCACGCAGCAACAAACAUAGAAGCUUCAUAAUUAAAGGUGCAUUAUGUGAGAAUGAAACAAGAAUGACAUCCUGUGGUCAUAUUUAGGUACUGCAGUCUGUUUUCAAAACAAUUGAGGGACUCUCUCUCUCCUGUUCCAUCAGUUUCUGUUGCCAUGGAGAAACGCCAGGUGACAAGCAAAGGCGAGCCAUACACACUGAGUAGAUAAAUACAUUUCAGUCCAGUUGUGGGUGAGUAAAAAAGAAGCUUGAGAAAUUUUUUGAGCCAACUCCAUUUCCAAUUCACUAUUAGCAUUGUUAGCUCAAUGUUAGCCUCUAUGUUGAAUCUUACCUGAGACUGAGUUAAACAAAAGGAUGGCAAGGCUUCUGACCCCAGGUCCACAUGUCCAGGUCAGCAGCACGGAACAUUGCUGCUUCAAAUAGAAUCCAUUAUAAUCUAUUGGGUUGAUCCAAACUGGCCGCGCCGCCAAAGAAAGGGUUGAGUUCUAUUUUUGCCACAAGUCGCUACUGGGAUGUGUCAAUUUCUGCAAUCACCACAGGCCCAGACAGAUAAUCAAACCAGAUAUCAGUUUAAAACAUCCAGUAAUUUUCAAAAUAAAAGUCUAUUGCAAAGGUCUAGUCUAUUUAGAUAUCAUCUAUUCAUGUGACCUCAAGGCUUUUUUUUUACUACCAGUAUCUUUAGAGAAGUGCAACCAUGUGUUUUUCUUCACUGACGUGAUCUUUUUUCUUCUUUUUGUGGGUGGAUGAAGUCUCAAAGAAUUUGGUGAUUUUGCGAGUCCGGCAAGGAGGACUGCAGAGAUGCCGCGCGUCUCGCAGUGUGGAAUGGCGCGCAUCGAAAACCCGUACUGCUGCUGUUCCAUGCCGCUGAUGCCCCAAGCGUGGCUUCGGUUCUUAAGAAAAUCCUGCAGCGUUUUGCCGGCUGUUGCCAAAUUACAAGUGCAGCAUUAGCUGGUGCAGACCUGGCAACCUCACAGAUCGUAAACGAAGACUCAGUCCCUCUUCUGCCUUUUUGAAAGGAGAAAAUCUGAAAAACCCAAAAACAGGCUGAGAACCUGUUUCAAUGUAACCUUCCUUCCAACAUGACAGACGUUAGACAAUUUUGUGGUUGUGACAGAAUUUGUACAUAAUUUCUUGGCCCAAAUGCACAGCGUACUUUAC